CCGCAGUUCAUUUACUGCUGCGUUUCUCAGAGGAUAAGUCGUGUUCGGCUGGAUAUCCAGUUUUUUCUGUGGUCAGGACUUGCUGUUUGGACGCCUGCAGAUUCCCAGAGAUAAAACUCUGUAGCUUUCCAUCAGCUCCGAGGUUGCUGUUAAAAUUAAAGGCCGUUAAACGUUUAUAUUAUCAAGUUUAUUAAGCCUGUUAGCCGAGCUGUCAAAAUGUUGAGCGUCGCUAGAAACAUCUCAAGGACUCUGCCGACAGGGAGCUGCUCCAGAAAUGUGUCCUCUCUGGUGAAAAAGGCGUGUUGGAGUGGCUUCCAUCCAGAUGCUCUAAGAGCCCUCUCCAGGAGAGACUAUGCGUCCGAAGCCAUCCGGGGGGCCGUCAUCGGCAUCGACCUGGGCACUACCAACUCAUGUGUUGCUGUCAUGGAAGGGAAGCAGGCCAAGGUCCUGGAGAAUGCUGAAGGAGCCAGAACAACUCCUUCAGUCGUCGCCUUCACGGCAGACGGAGAACGUCUGGUUGGCAUGCCCGCUAAACGGCAGGCCGUCACCAACCCUCAGAACACGCUGUACGCCACCAAGAGGCUGAUUGGACGUCGCUAUGACGACCCAGAGGUCCAGAAAGACUUGAAGAAUGUUCCCUACAAGAUUGUGCGUGCAUCCAAUGGGGACGCUUGGGUUGAGGCUCACGGGAAAUUGUACUCCCCCAGUCAGGUUGGAGCCUUCGUUCUGAUGAAGAUGAAGGAGACGGCCGAAAACUACCUAGGAACCAAAGCCAAGAACGCUGUGAUCACUGUGCCCGCCUACUUCAAUGACUCCCAGAGACAGGCCACCAAAGAUGCCGGUCAGAUCGCCGGCCUGAACGUCCUCAGAGUGAUUAAUGAGCCCACAGCUGCUGCUCUGGCCUACGGUCUGGACAAAAGCCAGGACAAGAUCAUUGCUGUGUAUGAUCUGGGAGGAGGGACGUUUGAUAUCUCGGUCCUGGAGAUCCAGAAAGGAGUUUUUGAGGUGAAGUCCACCAACGGGGACACGUUCCUGGGAGGAGAGGACUUCGACCAGCACCUCCUCAAACACAUUGUGAAGGAAUUCAAGAGAGAGUCCGGCGUGGACCUGAUGAAGGACAACAUGGCUCUUCAGAGGGUUAGAGAAGCUGCUGAGAAGGCAAAGUGUGAGCUGUCCUCAUCGCUGCAGACCGACAUCAACCUUCCAUACCUGACCAUGGACGCUUCGGGCCCCAAACAUCUCAACAUGAAGCUGACUCGCUCCCAGUUUGAGGGCAUCGUGGCGGACCUGAUCCGCCGCACCGUGGCGCCCUGUCAGAAGGCCAUGCAGGAUGCAGAGGUGUCCAAAGGAGACAUCGGAGAGGUGCUGCUGGUGGGAGGAAUGUCCCGCAUGCCCAAGGUUCAGCAGACGGUGCAGGACCUGUUUGGCCGCGCUCCCAGCAAGUCCGUUAACCCCGAUGAGGCCGUCGCCAUGGGAGCAGCCAUCCAGGGCGGUGUGCUGGCCGGCGAUGUUACCGACGUGCUCCUCCUAGACGUGACUCCUCUGUCUCUGGGCAUCGAGACUCUGGGAGGCGUCUUCACCAAACUCAUCAACAGGAACACCACCAUCCCCACCAAGAAGGGCCAGGUGUUCUCCACGGCGGCCGACGGGCAGACUCAGGUGGAGAUCAAGGUGUGUCAAGGUGAGAGAGAGAUGGCGGCAGACAACAAGGUGCUGGGUCAGUUCACCCUGGUGGGAAUCCCGCCGGCCCCCCGCGGAGUCCCUCAGAUCGAGGUCACCUUCGACAUCGACGCCAACGGCAUCGUCCACGUGUCCGCCAAGGACAAGGGGACAGGCCGCGAGCAGCAGAUUGUGAUCCAGUCGUCAGGAGGUCUCAGCAAAGACGACAUCGAGAACAUGAUCAAGAACGCCGAGAAGUACGCCGAGGAGGACCGCAGGAGGAAGGAACGCGUGGAGGCCGUCAACACAGCCGAGGGCAUCAUCCAUGAUACAGAAUCCAAGAUGGAGGAGUUCAAAGAUCAGCUUCCUGCUGAUGAGUGCUCCAAGCUGAAGGACGAGAUCUCGAAGGUCAGGGAUCUGCUGGCCAACAAGGACUCUGAGACGGGAGAGAACAUCAAGCAGGCGGCCAACAAUCUGCAGCAGGCUUCACUCAAGCUCUUUGAGAUGGCCUACAAGAAGAUGGCAGCAGAGCGCGACAGCAGCAGCUCCGGCUCAUCAGAGGGAGAGAAGAAAGAAGGCCAGCAAUAGACUGAUGAACUUGGUUGUCACAAGGUUACCAUGACAACAGAGGACUUUUGAGCUUGGGUGAAGUAGACGGGGAGGGCAGCGGACCCGAGUCAUCCUUCCAGUCAUAUUAUUCUACUGUGUUUUGGCAGUAAAAUACUCGUAGAGAAGAUAAAUGUCCUGGUAUCAUAUCUGUAAUUUAACUGUGUCCACACAAUUUUACCGAGCUGUUAAUCCACAUUAUGAUGUAGUUUCUUUUUCUGUCGGCCAUGUUGGGAGUUUCUGCUUCUGAUCCCAGUUUUUCAUGUGGUCAGAAGAAGCUUUAUACCUGCAGAGACGAUGGAUGUCAGCUGGGUGGGGCAGGCUUCGGUGGAUCGGUGGGUAAAGAUGAGGUCCCAUCAGCUGGGAGAUGGAAGCAGGUUCAUGGAAAAACAGUUUUUGAAGGGGGGGGGGGUGGAGUGCCAGAAUUACUGUUGCAGUUUUUUCUAAUAAAUCUGAAACGUGA